AACCAAAACCUAGGUUGAAAAAACGGGCACCACUUUCUCUCUCCUCUCGCCUCUACUCCUCCCUGCAAAUCUCUCUCUCUCUCUCUCUCUCUAGGCACGCAGACAUUGGCGAGGCCAAGCGAUGGACGUCAGCGAGGAACUGAGGGCUGCGCACAAGCAAACGUUUCGCAAAUUCUUCGACCAAGAUGAAUGGAAGGACAUUUACACUCACGAGAUAAAAAACAUGAUGCAUCACAAGCGCCGCCGCCUCAUCCUCAACAUCUCCCAUUUCUUCGCUCACGAGGAAGGUCACUUGGCUCGCAGGCUGCUCCAAAUUCCAGGUGAGUACAUGCAAGCCCUAUGUGAUGCGGUCACGGAAUUUGCCCGCAGCCUUGAUCCCAAGUACUUGAAGGAAGGGGAGCAAGUGCUUGUCGGCUUUGAGGGGCCUUUUGUGUCACGCCGUGUUACCCCACGAGAUCUCCUCUCCAGCUUUAUUGGUUCCUUGGUCUGCGUUGUGGGGAUAGUCACCAAAUGUUCUCUUGUAAGGCCAAAGGUUGUCAAGAGUGUUCAUUUCUGCCCUGUAACUAGUGCAUUCACUACUCGUGAAUAUCGAGACAUAACAUCCAAUAUGGGCUUGCCCACAGGGUCUGUGUAUCCAACACGGGAUGACAAUGGGAAUUUGUUGGUGACUGAGUACGGGUUGUGCAAGUACAAAGACCAUCAAAUUAUUUCGAUGCAAGAGGUGCCUGAGAAUUCUGCUCCUGGCCAGCUUCCACGAACUGUGGACGUCAUAGUUGAGGAUGACCUGGUGGAUUCAUGUAAACCUGGUGAUCGUGUGGCAAUGGUAGGGAUUUAUAAAGCUCUUCCUGGGAAAAGCAAGGGCAGUGUCAAUGGGGUGUUCAGGACUGUGCUUAUAGCCAACAAUGUUGCUCUGUUGAACAAAGAGGCCAAUGCACCAAUCUACACUCCAGAGGAUAUUAACAACAUUAAGAAAGUGUCUGAAAGAGAUGAUAUCCUUGACCUACUUGCUAAUUCAGUGGCACCAUCUAUACAUGGGCAUUUGUGGAUAAAGAAAGCAGUAAUUUUACUGAUGCUAGGUGGAACUGAAAAGAACUUAAAAAAUGGGACCCACUUGCGAGGUGACAUAAACAUGAUGAUGGUUGGUGACCCUUCUGUUGCAAAGUCUCAACUGUUGAGAGCAAUUAUGAACAUUGCUCCUUUGGCCAUAUCAACAAAUGGUCGGGGUUCAUCUGGUGUUGGCUUGACUGCUGCAGUUACUACAGAUCAAGAAACUGGAGAAAGAAGGCUAGAAGCUGGUGCAAUGGUUCUCGCCGAUCGAGGUGUUGUUUGUAUUGAUGAGUUUGACAAGAUGAAUGAUCAAGAUCGUGUUGCUAUACAUGAAGUCAUGGAGCAGCAGACUGUUACAAUUGCUAAAGCUGGCAUCCAUGCAUCACUAAAUGCUCGAUGCAGCGUGGUAGCAGCUGCAAAUCCUAUAUACGGAACUUAUGACCGUUCACUAACUCCAACCAAGAAUAUUGGACUCCCAGAUUCUUUGCUUUCUCGCUUUGAUUUACUGUUUAUCGUGUUGGAUCAAAUGGAUCCUGAUAUCGACCGUCAAAUUUCGGACCACGUCUUGCGCAUGCAUCAGUUCCGAUCCACCAUAGACGAAGGUGGGGCAACACUUGAUGGGAGCUCAAGGUAUGGAGGGGAAGAAGAAGCUGAGACAGGUUCAUCUGUUUAUGUAAAGUACAACCGAAUGCUACAUGGGAAGAGGACAGAACGUGGUCGAAAACGUGACACCCUCACUAUCAAGUUUCUUAAAAAGUAUAUUCAUUAUGCAAAGCAUAGAAUUCAGCCAGAACUGACUGAUGAGGCAUCUGAUAACAUUGCAACUGCAUAUGCAGAGCUCAGAAAUGCCAGUUCAAAUGCAAAGACUGGGGGAGGAACACUUCCAAUAACUGCCAGAACCUUAGAAACCAUGAUACGGCUCUCUACUGCUCAUGCCAAGCUAAAGUUGAGCAGACAGGUUCUAAAGUCCGAUGUUGAGGCAGCCCUUAAAGUUCUAAACUUUGCCAUAUAUCACCAAGAGUUGAAUGAAAUGGACGAGCGUGAGGAAGGAAGAGAAAGGGAGUUGGAGAGAAGACGCAAAGCUGACCACGAUGGUGGUGAUGAUGGUAGAGCUGACCGAAAUGGUGCAAAUGGUGGCAGAGCUGAUCAUGAUGGUACUUUUGUUGGAGGAGGGACUGCAGCCAUGGAGGUAGACGAGCCUCCUGCAACUCAAUCUAGUGUGGAUGUAUCCCCAGAAAGAAUAGAAGCAUUCAAUACUUUGUUCGGUCAGCAUGUACGUGAACACCACUUGGAUCGCAUAUCUAUUGGUGAUAUUCAAACUGCUGUUAACAGCCGGGCAGCUGUAGCCUACACGGAGGCGGAGUUAAUGUUCUUGUUGGAGAAACUGGGUGAUGGCAAAAUUAUGAUCCAUGAGGACACAGUCUAUAUAUUGUGAUCAAGUGGAACAUCCUCUCAGUACUCAAUGGAAGCGUAUCUAUUGCCAAAGCAACAUGGUAGCUGUCUCAUUUGGAGGAAGCUGUGGCAAAGGCUCUGUCUAUUCUUGUGCUUGAAUGUUGAUUUUUUGGAGUCGCAAAACUGAUCCAAUUAUGUUGUAAUGGUGCACUUAUUCAACUUGGAUAACACUGAGAAUAGCUCUUAUUUGACAACGGCAUUUGACAUUGGUCAUCCUUUCAAAUCGACAAACUAAUGUGAUAACGACCUCGGAUCACUG